AAAGCCGAGGCACUGAGACGCCGCCAUUUUGGUUCCAUGUGAGGUCUCUGCUUUUGACAUGUUUAGCUGCGGAUGAAGGUGACCGUGUUCGGUAGAAAGAUGGCCUCGGUGCGGACGGCCAGGAGGAUGUUCUGUGCUGCGGCGGCUCCGGCUCCGGGCAGCCGCUGGGAGAGGCUGAAGAACAGUAAAGCGGCUGUGUGGUGCCGCAGCCUGCUGUCCGACUACAAGGAAGCGUGCAGGGAGUCGGUGGUUGGUGCUUGGGAGCGGCCUCUAAAGACAUCGGUGUACGUGAGCCUGCUGGGCGGCGCCUGGGCCUGUUCUCACACCAAACCUGACCAGUCGUCUUUUGAGGGUGCCUUGCUGGAGCGCUCCAACCAGCUGGGCCUUCUGUCGCCGUGGAUCCGUAACGGCGUCUCUGACGGCCACGUUCAAAGCCUGGUGAAGCUUCGUAACGAAGGUUGCCUCCGCUACGCCAGCCUGGGACUUCUCUGUCUGGUCUACCGCGCUGACUACGACCCGGACGCCACGCUGUACGAAGCCCGGUGCUCCAACCUGUCGGUGCCCUGGAGGGAGCUUCCCCAGCGCGUCCUGGACGUGGGCUUCAUUGGCCGCUGGUGGAUACUGGACUCAAAGAUGCAGGACUAUGACGUGAACAAGGAAGAAUACAAACACCUCCCGGCACACAUGCAGGGUACCUCACCCCCCAGCCCUCAGGAGGUGGAGAGGAACGAGAGGUUACACAGGGAUUCCUGGUUAGCGCUGACGAUGGAGGACAAGGAGGAAUGAAGUGAUGGAGAACGUUAGUGAGGAGAGUCAAAUGAAGCUGCGAGGGAGGAACGGACUGCAGUUUGAUCCGUGUAGGCCAUAAUAAAACCACGUGCUCUUUUUCCCACUGGUUUCAGUGUUGGAUUCAACUUAAGUAAUGCAUUUUCAGCCUGAUAGAGAAACAUCUAGUUCAGACUUUUUUCUGGUUUUUACAUUUUGAGUUGGUGAAUAUUUCAGGAAAUCCGCCUGCUUUUCCCACUCAUGAUGACUGAUCAGUGUCUGGCAGAAUAAAACUGUUUUAUUCCUCGUAGCAUUGUUUGUGUCAUUCAGGCACAGCGGACGGUUUUCCAGCAUGAACGGCCUGAUUGAGGUAUUGACAGUGGGUUUUUGGUUUGUACUUUCAGUGUGUCUGGCCUACAGUCUUGAUGGUCAAACAUUCCCAUACAUUUAUUAUCUUGUAUUUGGGCUAACAGCCAAUGCUUUGUAAAUGUUCACUUGACAUCUGCUUAUAACCAGGACUGGGAAAAUAAAUUAUUCUGUUGCAACACAAACUAUUUUUAAGGCUUGUAGAAGUUAUGAAAAAACUUCCCAAUAAUAAACGACUCUGUCUAGUUCUGUCUCAUAAAACCCCACUAAAAUCCA